CGUCUCUAGCUGAGAAUACACUAUGGCAGCCAAGAGGGUAGUGGUGUACCGGAAUGGGGACCCUUUCUGCCCAGGCCGCCAGCUGGUGGUCACUCAACGCCGCUUCCCUACCAUGGAGACCUUCCUUAGUGAGGUAACAUCAGCUGUGCAGGCCUCAGUAGCUGUUCGUGCCCUGUACACGCCUUGUCAUGGCCACCCUGUCACUGCCCUGGCCGACCUACAGAACGGAGGGCAGUAUGUGGCUGCUGGCUUCGAACGAUUCUGCAAGCUCCCCUAUUUGCCCCCAGGAAGGAAGGAUCUAGGUGAGAAAGGCAACAGAUUACCGUGUUGUCCCGUGUCUCAGCACCCAGGUGAUGGGGCCCUUGGAUGGAGGCUACCUACAAGUUCCUCCUGCUAUAUCCAUGUGUUCAGGAAUGGGGACCUGUUAAGUCCCCCAUUUGGCCUGAAGCUGUCCCAGGCUGCCAGUGAGGACUGGGAAACAGUGUUGAGGCUCCUGACCGAGAAGGCCGAAUUACAGAGUGGAGCUGUGUGCAAACUCUGCACCCUGGAGGGGCUCCAGCUGUCAGCAAGAGCAGCUCUGGUGAGUGGCCGCUACUAUGUGGCUGUUGGAGAAGAUGAGUUCAAGGCCCUCCCCUACCUGGAGCUGCUGGUGCCCAGCCCCUCAAUGCCCAGGGGCUGCUGGCAUCCUCCAGACCCAAAGUCUAGGCCCCACAAGCAGGCGGCCCAUGGCCACAGGGCACAGGAAACCCAGUCGUCUCCAAAGGAACCAAGCCAAAUUGAGCGAUCUGCUUUCUAUGCCAGACCCCAGCAGGCUACUCAGCCAAGAAGCAUGCUCCCCACUCUCUCAUUCCCAUCAGGAAUCAAGGGAGUAUAUGGGGCUCCCCACCCAAGGAAGGAGACAGAAGGGGCCCAGGAAGUAGCAGAUGAUGAAGACACCUGGACAGAGGAACCCUUGGAUCAGAUGACAGCUCAGAUAGUGGAAGAGGCCGUGUCCCUGGAAAACCAGCCUGGGGCUGGGGCAGUAAUCUCAACCUCAGCCCCUGCUCUACUAUCUUGAGAGCAGCAGCCCCAACCAGGAACUGGGGACCACCACUCUGCAGCCCCCAGCAGCCUGUUCCAGAGGAACCAGUGACUCCCCGGGGCUCACAGGGUAUGCUUCAGCCCCCUCAGACACUCCCCAUUCUUCUGAUCUAAACCCACAGCCCAGUCUUCCUUUGCUCUCCGAGCAGAGCAAUCCUAGCCACAGAGGCCAUUUCCUAUGGGGUUCU